AUGACGGGACGCCCCGCAGUGGGACGGGAUCUGCAUGAAGCUGUGUGUAAGGUGGCCCGGCUGCCCACGGCACUGUUCACAGGGGAGCGGGUGGAUGCUGCUGCUGGAGCUGCAGCAUCCUUUAGUCUCAGGCCCCCAGGAGGGGGAGGGGAAAGAACCGGGGCUGAGCCGUGGAGGGCAGAGGAGCCAUUUCUGUCCACCGACUGCAACCUCCGUGCUCACAGCUCACGUUUCACCAGAAUCCAGGGGCCGGUGGCCUGGAGCUGCGGCGGCCGGAGCCUGCUGGAGAACAGCUCAGAGGGAGGGAUGGAGCUGAACGGCCGAGCGCCCUGCUUGCUGACGCACCGGUGGAUUUUUGCUUCUGGAUGUUAUCUCGGCUCCUGGUCUCCAGUCCAACAAGAGGCCUCUCAUCCACAGCAGCGCUCCCGCUGCCCAGCAGACCUCUUCCAGAGCCUUCCAGACAUGGCUGACCCCUGGCAUGCAAGGGGCUUUUUGAGCUGAGAGGCACUUGGCUGGGACAUGAGGAAUUCAUGGACAUGGCUGGCAGAUACUGCAUGUGUUUGAGCCGUAGUUAGAGGGGAUUGAGAAUACAGAAAGUUGAAAUGGAGACUCAUUAAAGUUACAGUGGAGAACUGCCCAAAAAUUUCAUUUUGAAUUAAGGAAACUUCAGUUCAUGUUAAAUUUCCUUCUAUCUAAAUGCAACUGCACAUUCCACUCGAAUAUGUUCCUUCCUUCUCACACACAGGGCCCCUUUGUUAAACUCAUGGUCAAGUUCAAGUUGUCCAUCUUCAUCUAUGAAGUAGUCACUUUAUCACUGUCUGUCCAGAUUGCACAAUGUAGGGUUUUGUGGUUUCUCUUCUGUCACUAUCCAGCCAGAAGGAACUUGCCAUUUGAGUUUUUAAAAUUUAUCAUUUCUUUCCACCUUAACCCACUUGUAUCCCAGUUUCUCAUCGAAAGGGAGAAAUGGUUGCAUAGUCCUCGUCUUUGCCCCUGACUGAAUUGUAAAUUACAGAAACAUGGUGGCUAUACUUA